UUCAAACACAGCCAACCAGCAGCAGGAUUACAAUAACACUUUUCAUUCAGAAAACUUCGCACACAAAAACUUCUAAACACCACCGGAAAACCGUUCCAUCUACAACUCGGCUGCUUCCGCAACAACCGUGCCGAAGUGGAGCACCAACGUCUCGAGGAACGAGUUUUUUUGUGUGUGAUUUGAGGUAAAGUGGGUCUAUAGAGUACAGCGAUAUGGCGACCGCAACCCCGAGCCGCGAGUCCAGCCGCGCGACGCCCUCCCAAACGCCGCUUAGCCCCGCGCGCAUCUCGCGCCUGCAGGAGAAAGAGGAACUGCGCGCGCUCAACGACCGUCUAGCCGUGUACAUUGACCGCGUGCGGUCGCUCGAGCUCGAGAACGACCGGCUGCUCGUCAAAGUGUCCGAGAAGGAGGAAGUCACCACCAGAGAGGUGUCCGGGAUUAAGUCUCUUUAUGAAGCCGAACUUGCCGACGCCAGACGUAUUCUUGACGAAACCGCUCACGAAAGAGCCAAGCUUCAGAUCAAUCUUGGAAAAGCCAAUUCUGAACUUGAAGAGGUCACUAAGAACUACAAGAAGAAGGAUGGAGAUCUCGUUUUGGCUCUGGCUCGUAUCAAAGAACUGGAGGCUCAGUACAACAAGAAGGAGGCGGCGCUUAACACGGCCCUCAGUGAAAAUGGCUCACUUUCUGCAGAACUGGAGGACCUGAAGGCUCAGCUGGCCAAAACUGAAGAUGCUCACGGAGUGGCCAAGAAACAGCUGGAGGCGGAGACUCUGAUGAGGGUGGACCUGGAGAACCGUUGCCAGAGUCUGACAGAGGAGCUGGAGUUCAGAAAGAGUAUGUUUGAGGAGGAGGUGCGUGAAACUCGCAGACAUCGCGAGAAACGCAUGGUGGAGGUGGACACGGGCACGCAGCAGGACUACGAGUUCAAACUGAUGCAGGCGCUGCAAGAUCUCCGCAAACAGCAUGAACAACAAGUGCAGAUCUACAAAGAAGAGCUACAGCAGACCUUCAAGGCCAAGCUGGAUAACGCUAAGGUGUCAUCUGACAUGAAUGAUAAGGCGGUGCUCACUGCCCGUGAGGAACUACAAGAAGCCCACAUGAGAAUCGAGAGCUUGAGCUAUCAGCUCAACGCCCUGCAGAAACAGGCGUCCACCGCUGAGGAACGAAUCCGUGAGCUGGAAGGCAUGCUGUCUAGCGACCGAGACAAGUACCGUCGUCAGCUGGACGCUAAAGAGCGCGAGAUGGCUGAGAUGAGGGACUGCAUGCAGCAGCAGCUUAACGAAUACCAAGAGCUACUGGAUGUCAAACUGGCUCUGGACAUGGAGAUCAAUGCUUACAGGAAACUGCUGGAGGGAGAGGAAGACAGGCUGAAGUUGUCCCCAAGCCCGUCCUCACGGGUGACUGUGUCCCGCACUACAGCGAGCAGUACUAGUUCUUCACGUACCUCUCGCGCAAAGAGAAAGCGUGUGGAACUGGAAGAGUCUACCGCUGCGCCUAAAUUUCAGAUCAACCAGGAGGCAGAAGCAACGGGCAAUGUUAGCAUCGAGGAAAUUGAUCUGGAAGGAAAGUCUGUCACCCUCAGGAACAACUCUGAUAAGGAUCAAUCUUUGGGAAGUUGGCGACUAAAGAGACAAAUUGGAAAUGAAGAGGAAAUUGCAUACAAAUUCAGCCCCAAGUUUGUCCUGAAGGCCGGUCAGACAGUAACGGUGUGGAGUGCCGAUGCUGGCGUGGCCCACAGCCCCCCCACAGCCCUGCUGUGGAAGAGUCAGAACUCUUGGGGCACUGGAGAGAACAUCCUUACCUCAUUGGUCAAUUCAAAUGGAGAGGAAGUGGCAAAGCGAACUGUCACGAAAAGCGUUGUAGAGCUGGAGAAUGGUGAUGAUGAGGAGGGAGACUUUGGCGAUGAAGAUCUUUUCCAUCAGCAGGGUGACCCAAAGACCCAAUCCAGAGAAUGUGCCGUCAUGUGAUGGAGCCAUGCAACUUUAGUAUUUUCCUUACCACUAUUCAGUCUUUUGUAGAUCCACUACUUUUUUUAUUUUACAAAAAUCAAGAGUUCUUAACACCCUUCCUUCCCUUUACCCCUCAUUUAUAUGGACCUCAUUUGUAAAGCCAUUUAAUCAUGAAUGGCUGCAGACGAUGCAAUUUAUCAGUGAGUAGUCUUUCUGCCAGUUGACAUACCAGACAGCCGUCGUAGGAGUUGGAACACUUCAGAAUGGCGGCAACCUCCCAUUACUGACUGUCGGCAGAGCGCCAUUAGACGAGUCAAAAUUAUCAGAAAUUAGAGAGUAUUUUUGCAAGCCGGUGAUUAAGAAAUCUGCAUAUUCAUGCAAAUGAUUCAUGCAUGUUUUAUGAAUGGGGGAAUUAUUAUGGGAUGCUUUGACGGGGAGUUAUCUCCCUGUUUUAUGUUUUGUAGUGCUCUAUAGACGUAACUGACAGCUGUCGCUUAGCACGCCUCUUGUUUUUUGCUUUGCCAACCAGAUGAACAGGGUGGAUUGUGUUUUGUCAAUUUUCUAAGUGAUUACUCAUUCAGAGUACUUCCAAAAUAACUUUAGGGUUAAAAUCGUAUAAUAAUGUGUAUCGAUGAACGUUUUGCAUAGUAUUAUGUAUGUUUAAAUCAAUGAAUAAAUGUUACGACAUUUUUGGGAUAUCCCUAACCUAAAUGGCAAAAAAAAAAAUCUUGAAUCAUGCAAUUUGACGUUAAUGCAUACGAGCUGCAUUAUGUUGAGAAAUCACGCAGAAACAUUUACAUUUACUCGUUUGGCAGACGCUUUUAUCCAAAGCGACUUACAAAAGAGGAAUACAUUAUAAGCAAAUCAUCUUAAGGAUAAUCAAACUUAUAUCGAGUACGCUGUUUAAAAACACACAUUUUGAGUAAAUCUACUCAACACUGAAACUUGAAGCAUUUUGAGUUUAGAUCAAUGUAGUUGUUUUUUUUACCGAUGUUUGAUUGAAUUCAUCGUGAUCAAUUUUCGUUGAAUUCUGCAUUGAAUUCGACUACAUUCAGCACUAAUAAAAUUGGACCAGAAUCAUCAUGUUAAUAACAACAUGGAUGCUCUGUGAAAUUAACCAAAGAAGCAGUGAGUGACCUUUUUAUUGUUUAUAACAAUUGAGACUAAUGAAACCGAUUGGUCUUGAUUGCCUAAUUUGCCUUUUUUCAUACAAGUCUUGACACUCCAAAUAAAUGGAUCAAAAUUUUGAAAUCCCUUAACAGUAUUUGUCAAAUCCAGUAAGUAAUCUGUUCUUCCACCCUGUUGGUUCUUUUGCAUUUUGCGUUUUAAAAGCUGUCUCUUAAGCUUAAAAAAAAAAAAAAGGUUCUCAGUCAAUUAUGCAUCCAUCAAAUAUAUUUUAUAUACAAGUUAAAUUAAUGAACAAGGACACUGCUGACGAAUCUGUGGGUGGGUGUCAAUUCUACCAUCAACUGCGGUAUUGGAGGAUACUGCAGCCUGAAUUUUAUCUUCGUUCUUAUUUUUUAUAUAUUUCCUCUGGAGUUUUAAAACCAUAGUGCACGAGAAAUCUCAGUGCUUGCAUUUGAAAUAUAUCAAAUGCAGUGUGCUUAAAUUGACCUGUCAAACAGUUUUUUUUUUUUAAUGUUUUUUUUUAGGUAAUGCAGUGCUUAAAUAUUGUUGUUUUAAUGGGGUAUCUGUAAUCUUAUGUGUUAAUUUUUUUGUGGGUCAUAUUGAUAUUUGUAUGAGAAUGGAAAAAGGAUAUUUAAUUACCUGAUAGUGUGUCAAGGGUCAGUGUGUGCGCACAGAUUUGUGUCAAAAUUAGUACGUGAAAUUGAGCCCAAGUAAAAUUGUAUUUGCGUACAUUUGUGACUUGACCUCUGAGCUAAUAAAAUCUACCUUUUUGGUUUAUUUCAUUUGUCAUGAAUGGAAACUGUUUUCCGGCUAAACACUCCGUUUCUGUGAAUUUUAACACUGUGUAACACUGUUUUCAUAAGGAAAAUUGUUUCCUUACUCUUUCAGGUUUUAUUAGACAGGGCUGUGACUGAUGUAUCAGAUACAAUGUGCUUUGAUAGAUUUUAUACAAAAUUGUCAAUCCGUCAUUGCAAUUGUAGUAAUCUACUGUAAAGAAACUGCUAUUUGAACAACCAUCAAAAGCAUAGAAAUGUGAGUUCAAGGCUGCGAAAAAUUGAGCCUCAAAUGAGUUGUGAAUAAACGUGAAUCUAAUUUGGUACGGGGGAAAAAGGACUUCAUUGUUUGGAUUUUGAAGGGCUAUAAAAGGGGAGGGCACAUGCCAAGUGUCUCGUUCAUUUUGAUCUAUUUUACUUUCAUUUGUCAUUUUGUUUUUGUAUGCAAUAUCCAAUAAAUGUUUUGUGUA